AUGGCGUCCAACUCAUCGCCAUUUGUUUCCUCAUCCUCUCUCUCAAAUAGCUUUUCAACCGAACCUUCCGAUAGACCAAUGGCGAGUUCUUCGAGAGAGUUGAUUGAGUCCGGGACUGUGAAGGCGCCAUUGGAAGAACACACGGAAGAUGCUGGGGCCUCAAGGAUAUCCAGCAAGGAUAGCCACAACAUUGAAUCUGUGUUCCUGACAGAGGAGGAUAACAAGAAAAUCUGUCGCAAGACGGAUAAAGUGAUCUUGUCCAUACUUGUAUGGGUGUAUUUCCUCCAAAUCUUAGACAAGUCAGUGCUAGGAUAUGGAAGUAUAUUUGGCCUACAGCAGGAUACGCAUCUCAAAGGGAACGAAUAUUCCUUGGUGGGCUCGAUCGCUCCAAUCGCGACACUUGUUUGGCAGCCCUUUUCUUCUAUUUUGAUCGUAAAAAUGCCCCACCGUAUAUUGAUGCCAGCAAUGAUCUUGGGAUGGGGCAUUGCUCAGACCGCCAUGGCUGCAUGCCACAGCUAUUCAGGACUCCUUGCCACUCGUUUCUUCCUUGGCCUGUUCGAGGGAGGCUGUCUUCCUUUAUUUAGUGUCAUCACAAAUCAAUGGUAUCGCCGAGCUGAGCAGCCAAUCCGAGUCGCGGCAUGGUACGGGACCAACGGGUCAGCUACAAUCGUUGCAUCGGCGCUAUCUUUUGGUCUGGGACACAUUCCUUCAGAGACUCUUAAGUCUUGGCAAAUGUACGUCGGUCUCGACCUCUACUGGGAGCUUUUACUUACCCGAAACAGUAUCUUCCUCUUCGUUGGAAUGAUCACGAUCGUUACAGCGCCUGCUGUCUACUGGAAACUCGACAAUGAUGUGGCAUCAGCCCGCUUUUUGGACGAGACCGAGCGAGCCCAAGCCGUCGAGCGACUCCGCGCGAACCAGACCGGAAUCGGCUCCCGCGAAUUCAAAUGGAGUCAGGUAUGGGAAGUUUUCCUAGAGCCCAAGACAUACCUCUGGUUUUCCAUGUCCCUCCUCCUGAACGUCGGCGCUUCCGUCACCAACAUCUUCGGUCCCCUCAUCCUCAAAGGUCUCGGCUUUGACAAGUACAUCACUUCGCUCCUCAACAUGCCGUUCGGUGCUAUGCAGCUAAUCAUCAUCCUGGUCGCAUCCUACGCGGCGGAGAAAGCCCGGCUCAAGGCCCCUAUCCUGGUAGCCCUGGUCGCGCCCGUCGUCGCCGGUUCCGCAAUGCUCUACGCCAUACCGCGAGGGGAUACUGCUGCCCUUCUCGGAGGCUACUACCUGCUCGCCUUCCUCUUCGGCAGCAACCCCCUCAUCGUAUCAUGGAUUGUCGGCAACACCGCGGGGACGACCAAGAAAUCAAUCAUCAUGUCCCUCUACGCAGCCGGGUCGGCCGCAGGCAACAUCAUCGGGCCCCUGCUGUUCGACGCCGCCGAUGCACCGCAGUACCUGCCCGGUCUGCGCGCCGUCCUCGGGGUCUUCGUGGCGCUCGCCGCCGUCAUCCUGAUCCAGCUCGCGAACCUGAUCUUUCUGAACAAGAUGCAGGCGAGAGCCAGAGUCCGGAACGGCAAGCGGGCGGUUAUUCACGACGCGUCGAUGGAGGAUCACUACGUUGCUGUUGAUGCUUCGACGGGUGUGGGAGAACAUGCGUUCGAUUUGACGGACCGCAUGAAUGACGAGUUUGUGUACAUCUACUGA